CACUUCAAUUUAUUAUAAGAUUAUUUUAAGAAACAAUGGAAGAUUACGUUUAUGCCCCUGAAUCAUAUUUUCACUUUUCUCUUUCUCUUUCUCUUUCUCUUUCUCUUUCUCUUCGUCUUUCUCUUUCUCUGAGGAAGAAGGAUCCUCUUCUCCAACGAUCCUCUUCUCCACCCACACCACCGGCGAACUCAUCUUCUCUUCUCCGCUCACCCCCGACGAACUCAUUGACUUCAGAGAAAUCCAACAUGAAUAGAUCACGUAUUUCAGUAGAAGCUCCUAAACGAUUGCCAAUUACCGACAAAUGGAUACAAAUGGAAUUCAAAGCAGAAAAGUUUUACUAUUCCUAUAAGAGGAUGAGACAUGAGUCAUCUUAUGGAAAUGACGAGGACUUCCAUGCUGCAUUUUAUGAAGGAAAGGACAAAAUCUAUUUUCCUACUUGUUGGUAUCAAAGACAUGCUCCCCGUAUUGGGGAAACUGUAGUAAUCAAAGAUGAACAUGGGAACAACUUUAUUGCUUUUGUAAACAAAGGUGACAAACCAUACCUAGAGUUUAACCAAACAAAACUCAGGUUGAUGUACCAGCUAACAGUUUUUGGUUUAAUUAAACUAAAGUUAGUUGAUGAAAAUAAGUUUGAGAUGAAAGUUAUGGGACAUUACCUAGGAAAAAUAGACACAAACGAUCCAGCUAAAUAUUAUGGUCAUUGGGGUUAUGAUCCAAUGUGGAUUUUGGAGAUUUCUGAAUCCAUGGCAACAGAAGGGAAACCUUUGAUGAUACCUGACUCUGUGGUGGAUAUCAUUUACCACGGCUCAGUAGCUUAUGAGCUUGAGGUGUCCAUCUCCGAGACAACUGAAUGCUAUACUUGGGAAGUGCAACAUACGGGUGUGAAUUUUCUAAUAGCGGGUGGAUGGGUCGAUUUUUUAAAGAACCAAGUCAAAAAAGGGAUUAAGAAAAUGUUUUUCUACAACGAUGGUGCAAAAUCUACAGUGAUUUUGAGAAGUACUGAUGGCUGCUGGGCUUGGAGCUGA